GAUGAUCCCGCCGGGCAAUCGAUCGUAGAAUGUUCGACGAUCUUCGACCUUGGCGCCUUUUUAAGCCUUAACUUCCAGGUGGCCAGCAGCCAGUCGACCAGGCCAAUGAUGAUGCCUCAAUUUGUGUUCUGGAGGAGGGAUGCCAAGAAGAGCCAGCUGGAGCAGAUCUCGCCCAUCUGGAGGGAUUUGAAUGCUACAUUUGUGACGGUCCUCAGCUGGAGUUGGCUCAUCUAUGCAUUUUCCGCACUGGUUAUCAUCACUUGUGCAUAUUUCGCAUAUUGUGAGCGCUGCCGAAGAACUGAAUCAGUGCGACGUCGACGGGUUAUUCAAAGAGCUCAAGAGCGACCUCCACAAAAGCGACGACCGAAUGCGGCCUAUCGGGAUCACCAGAUCUAUCGCCACAUCAUCCUCAGCGUGGCCAAGUACAUGAAGAAUCCGGAUGGCAUUCGACCCUUUAUAGAACACAUGGAGCAGCUAUAUCCACUGAGGCAUAACUCGGCCGAUCAGCAGCAGGUGGCCGAACCAAGUACUGGAGAAGAUUAGUGAUCAGGGAGGUAAACCCAAAAGAUUAAUUUUGAAUCCAAAUUAAUAGAAUACUUGCAAAAUAAAAUUUCUUUUCAUAAGUAGUCUAAAAUGCA